CCUGAUAUUAAUCCAUAGUCUGCAGGGAUAUUGCACGUGUGGACAGUUGAGAGAAGUUUCUAGAGACUGUCCCUCGUGACUGGAGAGCUGGAGCAUGCGGGCAAGGAUAGUGACAGUUGAGAAGGGGAGAAAAAAACAGCUGGGCUGACGCUGAGGAGGUGUGAUGCAGACAGGAGCCCCGGAGCGAUACGCGAUGGAGAACGGGAAAAUACCAGACCAUAUUCAGUGAGAACUGUAUCUCGGCUGGCUGCAGGGAGGAAAAAAGAGAGCAGACUUACCCAUAUAUGGCUGUCUAGAUCCCGGAUCGCUGCAACAAGUUGGAGGGAGAGCAGCCGUGCACACGCCAUACAGUCGAAGUAGAGAGGAGGUAGGAGGGCCGGAGCAAUAGGGGGAGGCACUAUCAGAUCUGACCCGUCUGGAAGGGAUAGGAUCAGCACAACUAUUGCCGCCCAGCAGGAGGAGUUGGGGGAGGAUCAGCCGAUGUCAUCGUCAUCCCCUCCUACAGUAUAUAAAAUCUGCAGGGAUAUUGCACGUGUGGACAGUUGAGAGAAGUUUCUAGAGACUGUCCCUCGUGACUGGAGAGCUGGAGCAUGCGGGCAAGGAUAGUGACAGUUGAGAAGGGGAGAAAAAAACAGCUGGGCUGACGCUGAGGAGGUGUGAUGCAGACAGGAGCCCCGGAGCGAUACGCGAUGGAGAACGGGAAAAUACCAGACCAUAUUCAGUGAGAACUGUAUCUCGGCUGGCUGCAGGGAGGAAAAAAGAGAGCAGACUUACCCAUAUAUGGCUGUCUAGAUCCCAGAUCGCUGCAACAAGUUGGAGGGAGAGCAGCCGUGCACACGCCAUACAGUCGAAGUAGAGAGGAGGUAGGAGGGCCGGAGCAAUAGGGGGAGGCACUAUCAGAUCUGACCCGUCUGGAAGGGAUAGGAUCAGCACAACUAUUGCCGCCCAGCAGGAGGAGUUGGGGGAGGAUCAGCCGAUGUCAUCGUCGUCCCCUCCUACAGUAUAUAAAAGGAUCAGCUGGACUUCAGGCCAUCAUUGUGUUCAUCAGCCAAAAGCUCUGACAGUUGUGGAGAAAGGGUCCAUCACCAUCCCCUGUACAAUCACCAAUACUGAGGACCCGGGGGAGUAUAUACAGUACAGAGUACAUUGGAGGAAGACAGAUAGAUUAUUCUGUGAGCUUUCUGAUGAGGAAAUCACUGACGCUGCUGGGAAUGGUACCGGCCAGUAUGAGGGGAGAGUCUCCAGGGAGCAGGAUCCGGAUAACAAGCGGAGAGAAUCUCUCACUAUCACUGGGCUGAGAAGGUCGGAUGGUCCCAUCAUCUGCUGCACAGUGUCUCGUAUUUAUCUCCACAAUAGCUACCAGUAUAGAUGGAAAAAUAUGUAUGGGACUUCUCUACAAUUCACAGGUGACAGGUCCAUAUCUCAGCUGGAUGAGCUGAUAGCUGUCCCGGGAGAAGAGGUCAUCAUCCCCUGUCACUACCCGCAGGAGGUCACAGGGGCAGUACAAAACGUUACCUGGUAUAGAGGAGACAAUGAGCUUUGCACAUAUAAUACAUAUAAUCUCUACACAUCAGACCAGCGACACAGAGAUGACCGGUAUUCGCUGGUCAGUUUCCCCACAGAUGUCUCACUGCGCAUACAUAGAUCUGACAGCUCUUCUUACACCCAUUACUGCUGCAGGGUGACCACCAGCAAUGGAACAUUCACAAGCAGAGCAAGCACAGAGCUGGUCAUUGCAGAUUCAUCGUCCUCCUCACCUUUUACUGUUAAGCAGACAAAUAAUAUCACAGCUGACACAGAAGGUUCCGUGACUCUCAACUGCUCAUACAGACUUAUCAGUGGUUACAGAGAUAGGGAUAUCCUGUGGGUCAGCGCUUACUGGAGAGUGAACAGCACUAGUGGCCCUUACGCCUACCACCCCUACCAGGAAAUGGUCCAUCCCAGGUAUAAGGGAAGAACAGAGAUAACAGGAUUAGCAGAUCUCCACAUAAAGGGGGUGCAGGCAGAAGACAGCGCUACCUACCACUGCUUUCUGGUGAUCAAGCUGUGUAUGAGUACAGAAACAUCACGACGCAUGGCUGCACAUGGAGAAGGAACCAGUCUGAUUGUGAAAGCAGACUCACCUGGGAAAGGACGUAAUCUGGUGAUCGCUGUGUCCAUCUCUGCUUCUCUCAAACUGAUCGUCAUAUGUGUGAUGUUUAUCUACAUAAUGGGAACAGAACCAAGAACUUGAGCUGACAUUUGACAGCAAAGAAGUUAUCGGGCAACGGGGAGAUGGAGAGUAGACAGAAGGAGGAUGGAGAAGACGAAAGUACAAGUAGAAAAGAAAAUAGUAAAGGCUGCCAAUGGUUUACCUCAGGGUCAUGAAAGAAAUCCCGGACAUCUUUGACCUGACCCAUAUAUAGGUUCUCAUACACAGCACCAAUUACACUAUGGCACUUUUUUUUUUUUUUUAGCAAACUGUUUGAGUUUAGCUGUGACAUUCCAGGAUAAAUAAAUGUAAUUAGAAUAUAUAAAUGUAAUUAGGAUAUAUAAAUGUAAUUAGCAUAUAUAAAUGUAAUUAGGAAAUAUAAAUGUAAUUAGAAUAUUAUAAGUGUAAUUGCCAUGCUUUGUUGCAUUUGAUAAUCACAUGUACAGUAAAUGGCUCUGAUACUAGAAA